AUGCGGCGGGCACCGGCUGCUGUACAGAUGCACUUGGUAUGGCAGCUUCGGAUGUACCGUACGCCGCUGGGUGGCAUGUACUUUGAGGAGCCGCUUCCAAGUUCUCUCUUCGCCUCCCAAGCAAAGGGAGGCAUUAGUACUGCACACAUUGCACAGAAGCGACCGUCACGGAAAAAGCGGAAGCUCAGUGUUCCACUCACAGCCGAAGGACUGAAGGCGGAGUUACGGAAGCUCACUGAAGAGACUGCGAUAUACUCUCAGCGCCGCAAGAAGGAUGGGGAUAUUCGUAUUGAUGAUAAACCCCAAGUGGAAGAGAGCCGUCGUGAGAUGCAGCAACGGGCACUGAGGAGUGGUGUAGAGACGCCAACUCGCACCGUUACGGAGCGGUCACCUAUUCUUGUAGAAAAGGAAUUUAAUGAGGAGGAGGGAGAAACAGAUAGUUGCGUGCUGCCAAAAUGUACUGUGCUGGGGAGUGAUUUAGAUCAAGUGGAGACGGACAUGAUGCGUGAUUAUCAUCAGCGCGGCAAGGAGCUUCCACAGUUUGACAACAUUUACGCAACUUUUGGUUCUGGACGACGGGGUAAAAGUUCAUACCAUGUCUUUGCAGAGGAGUACCGCCAGCAUAUGGGUAAAGGUAGGGUUUUGGGAAGAGGAGAGGCAACAGCAAGAACAACAAAAGGUAGUUGGGGUGUUAACUUGUGCUGUAACAUACAGCAGGAGGAAGAGAAGGAUGUCAACGCCAAGAGCAGUGUCCUUCUCCCCCCAGAAGCAAAUCCUCACUUCCCUGUUGAAGUUGAUAGUAAUGAUCUUGAAUCUGGAACAUCGACAGCAAAUUCUCUUUCUGUUGAAUCAUCUGCGACACAUAUACUAAGACAGAUGAAUACUAAUACUACUAAUACUACUACUACUGAUACUUCUUCUUCACUACCUCCGUACGAUGCGUACAGACAGAGACCGGCAGAUAAUUCUUUGCUGGAAAUUCGAGGCAUUGACUUCUGGGACGACGCGAACAAUCGCCAACGGCUUCAGCAGAUUACCGAUUACGCUGAGGAGGGAAACACACAUGACAUGAUGGCAGAAGGUCCUAUGGACACUAGUGAGGUUGGCUAUUCGACAGGUAGAGUGCGCAAAGAGACGCUUCUGUACUUUCAAGCUCACCCCAUCAAUGAGAUGAUACAGGAACCUUUUGUGCGUAUCCGCAGUAUUGUAUCCGGUGAUGCUCAGGCAGUGGCGCAGUUUCCUGCUGGUGAUGUUGACACCGAUGUAGACCUCCCCGCCUCUCAGGCACGACGUAUGGCACGUGAAUUAGGUCUUGAUCUUAUACGUGUGGGGGCAAUUCACACAGAGAAGAGUGAAAGACGUGUUGUGGCACUUUGUAUUAUUGCUGAUCACCGAGAGCACAUGAGAGAUAUGAUUCGUUUCAAAAUACAGAAACUUGGUGUGCAACCACCUCCUACAAAAGAAUGCAUAGAGGUUCCAUUUCGCGGUGGGACACAUCCGCAUGCUAUUCGUUUUAAGAGCAUUGGGAUUGCAAAACAUUUAUUGCAUGGUCACGCCGUUCGUAUUAAUUUAACGGAUUUUGGAACACCACGAGAGGGAUUUCCUGUUUUUCGAUCGAUUCUGGACGAAGUGACACGACAGACACUACACUUAAAAGCGUAUCAUACUGCCAGCACUGUCCAAGCAAACUACAACGAGGUCUUUUGCUACUUAUACCCAUCAACAGGACGAUCACCCAAAACUUCUGUUGUACACCCAACGCAGGAGCAGCUGGAUGCGGUGCGUGAUCGUCGAAUUCUUGAAGAUGAGCGAGAAAUAUAUUUUGACGACUUGUACAAUAAAAAAACAGGGCGUGAACGACUAGCAUACUUGCAGAAACUAGAGAAUGGAACAGCUUGGGCAGAUAAAGAUGAUGGUCUCUCUCUACAACGUCAACGUGAGAUAAAAGUAAUGCUUGGAUACCUACCGAAGGGUAACAGCGAGAUUUACGCUGCACGCGGUGAUGUUGACAUUCCAGCACCAUUCCGUGCAAGUCAUCCCACCUCAGUAGAGCGCUGGACACAUCCACCAGAAACAAAUUUGGAGCAAGCUAGUCGCGGAGCGGCGGCGCUCGGUAAACGUCUCUCUAUGUCAGUAAGUGAGAUGCACGACCGGCAGGAAACUCCUGAUAACCCGACGACUUUGGAUCGCUUUUACUACCGGUUGCAAGGCCCAGCAUUGGAGGCGGGUGAAUUUAAGGAAGCGCUUGGGUUGAAGCGCAACCGCAAGGUCCUGCCGCGGCAAGCCCCUGGUUGGGCGACACUUGGGAUGGCAAAGAACCCACCAGAGGAACCAGGGUACGCGGCUAAGUAG